UAACAAACUGGUCAUGAUCAUACAAUCCUUGAAAUACACAUUAUGAAUGAAGCAACAUUAGUCAAAGGAAAGAAGCUCCGCCUCUCACGUCAUUCAAAUGCGACAAACCAGGAAACAGGAUGUUCUUCUUCCCUCAUAAAGAGAGACGCGCAGACGAUCAGACAGGUUUCAGACGAAACUAGCAGCUUCCUCUUAGUGAGUCCAGCUACAGGAGACAAAAGUGGAAAACUCCAACACUACUGCUUCAAGCUGCUGACGCUCCACACACUGAAUCUUCACUCACAGACUCAAUGGCUUCCAGAUCAGAGGAGGAUCUCUGCUGUCCGGUCUGUCAGCAGGUCUUCAGAGAUCCUGUUCUUCUGUCAUGUAGCCACAGCUUCUGUAAAGACUGUCUGAAGAGAUGGUGGAGAGAGAGACCAACACACGAGUGUCCAGUUUGUAAGGAAAUAUCAGUUUAUGAUCCACCUUUAAACCGAGCUUUAAAGAACCUGUGUGAGUCGUUCUUACAGGAGAGAGAUCAGAGAGCUUCAGAGGCUCUCUGCAGUCUGCACUCUGAGAAACUCAAACUCUUCUGUCUGGACCAUCAGCAGCCAGUGUGUGUCGUCUGCAGAGACUCAGAAAAACACACCAAUCACAGAUUCAGACCCAUCGAUGAAGCUGCACAACAACACAAGAAGGAACUUCAGGAAACUCUGGAGUACUUAAAGAAGAGGUUAAGAUUUUGUGAAGAAGCUCAAGUGAAGUUUGAUCAAACAGCAGAACACAUUAAGGUCCAGGCCCGACACACAGAGAGGCAGAUUAAGGAGCAGUUUAAGAAGCUUCACCAGUUUCUAGCAGAGGAAGAGGAGGCCAGGCUGGCUGCUCUGAGGGAGGAAGAGGAGCAGAAGACUGGGAUGAUGAAGGAGAAGAUGGAGGCUCUGAGCAGAGAGAUAGCAGCUCUUUCAGACACAGUCAGAGCCACAGAGGAAGAGCUGAGAGCUGAAGACGUCUCAUUCCUGCACAACUACAAGGCUGCAGUGGAAAGAGUCCAGCGCUGCCCCCUGCUGGAUGAUCCACAGCUGCCCUCAGGAGCUCUGAUAGACCAGGCCAAACACCUGGGCAACCUGACCUACAACAUCUGGAACAACAUGAAGGACAUGGUCUCCUACACUCCUCUCAUUCUGGACCCAAACACUGCUCAUCCACACCUCAUCCUGUCUGAAGAUCUGACCAGUGUGAGACGAGGAGGAGAAGAGAGGCAGCAGCUUCCUGAUAAUCCAGAGAGGUUUGAGAGUUAUGGCUCUGUCCUGGGCUCUGAGGGCUUUAACUCAGGGACUCACAGCUGGGAUGUCGAGGUUGGAGACAGUAAAGGGUGGGGACUGGGUGUGUCAGCAGAGUCUGUGCAGAGGAAGCAGCACAUAUGGGCUGGAUUAUGGGAAAUGGGGUUUGGUUCAGGUAAAUAUUCAGCAUGGUCACCAUCAUCGUUUACGGAUCUCUCAGUAGAGAAGAAGCUCCAGAGGAUCAGAGUGAAUCUGGACUGGAACAGAGGAAAGCUGUCGUUCUCUGAUCCUGAUACUAACACACACAUACACACCUUCACACACACUUUCACUCACAGGAUGUUUCCAUUCAUUGAAACUGAUGGUAAAGUGAAGGUGUUGCCGUUGAAGGUGUCAGUGUCAGUGAAGCAGAUGAGUUGAGGAUGAUGAUAUUUCUAAUGUUGUUUCCUGUCAGUGAAUUGAAGCUGUUAAACUGCAGCUGUCCUCCUGCUGCCCUGUUGGUCCAAAGCUCUUUGUUUCUCUUUUAGUUCUCUCUGUUUCUGCUGUCCACCUUUUCACAUACCAUGGUAAGAAAAAAAAGUGAAAGUAAGUGAAACAACUUCAAACACAAACUGACAUUAAGAAAAAAUUAAUCAGUGCCAUAGUUAUUCAAUGACAGUGAUUAAGUAUACAUGAAAGUACAGAAACUUUUCAACUCUCACAUUACCUUAAAUGUCAUGCAUCCAUGGAAGUUUCACUUCCUGUUUUUUCCAUAUCAUCUCCAGCUCUGCCGUCUUAUUUUAGAACUCUUCUAUCUUUGCAUGAUGUACAGUUUAAAAUAAUCAGUUUUUCUUGUAUGGGGCCCUGGUGCCAAGAAAUGCCAAGGAAAGGUGGGCAGGAGAAGUGAUGACGAACAAUGAAAAGAGAAAUGUGGUGCACUAAGACUCAACACCACAUUGCACUAGUCUCUUCAAAGUGUGAUGCCAGAUGUUUGACGUGUUAAAACUAAAAUGUUGAGAAGAUGUGCAUCUUACUUCACCACUUUUUCUCACCCUAUUGUUUCAUGUGUGUCAUUUAAAUAAGAACAGCAUGUGAAAAUUA